AUGGAUCCCUUUAGAUACCGUAAAGCAUAUGAGGCAAUGCUGCACACCACACAACUCAUCGAGGAUCGGCUGAGACAAGAUUUUGAACCCAGGGAAGAAACCACCAUUCAGGAUGACGCGCCUAAAGCUGCUUUAUCAGGGCAGGACCCUGAUAGCAUGGAUUGGACACCUACAGAAUCUCUUACCCCUCCUCCGGAAUGUGGACCGCCACCGGCGUUAUCUAAAAAGAUGCGACACCUCCUGCCCGGUGGCGGUGAAGGCGAUCUCAGGGCUGAGGAUACGGGCGAGAAUGCGGUGCUCCUUCACAAGAUGGCAGAGGGUAGGAUUAUGGAUGAGUGUAUUGACAAACUGGUCCACGAUCUACCGGAUGUCUUGAGCUAUCAAAAGUCGUUAUCCUUCACUCCCUCCACGAUCGAGGUGCCCAAGGACUUUGGCCUGCAGCUAAGUAUUUCGAUCAAUCAUCAUCUCGCUCAGAUAGCCGACCGCAAAGCGCUGGAGAAGUACCGGAGACUUCUUGGACACCGUAAAGACGCAACAAAGAAGAAGGCUGUGAGGCUUGGGUUUGAUCCAGUUGAGCUGAUCAAAAAGCAAGCUGUGGCCUUUGGGGAAAAUGGCCCGGAAGCAAUAUGUACGCUUGACAACGACAUCCAUCCAAUUUUUCGCUUAGAGAACUGGCAUGGCUGUCCUGAUGGGAUAUACGAUGUGAUGAAACCGGCUUUGCAGUUGGCUACGCUGUUUUUGACCUCUCGAGCAACGGCUCACUUUUGGCAUACCCUCGUGUUCGGAAAGCGAGAGCAUUGCGAGGAAACUUCGGCUGCGUAUGGUCAACCAUGCUUUCGUAUCAAAGAGGAUGUGGCAUGGUCUGAGGAGCGCGACACCAUAUUCAAGAAUUUUCUUGGCAACCAGAUCGACACACUGCACUUUUACUUCCACCACGACCCCUUACCCCCCGAGACUGCAUAUGCAUCAAUGGGCUUGGUCAAGGAUUACAAGAAUGGGUUGAUGCGGAAGAUCAACCAUAAAUGUCAUACAAGUCGUAUUUGCUUGCACUCGGAUUUCUACACUACAGCAAAGAAGCUCAGCCUACUCCGGUAUCGUGAGCCCGCCAUGGUACUGCGUUACAACAUGUUCUUAGCCACAUGCCUAGCGCAUGAAGUAGCCCAUUUCUGCGAAGUAUCUGGACCGCAUCAUGACCAUCCACUACUGUCUGAGCCAGAGGUCUUUUUUGGAGACAACAUGUGGACAGAGAGUGGGAUUUCUUUUGAAUUGAAAAUCUUCGGUGGUCGCAUUCACCCGCUAUCCAGCCGGAUCGAUUGCAAAUUCGGACUUGCUUGCCUCGACUACCCACUCAAAGAACUUUACGACAAGGACGAAAACGUGCUAUAUGCUUUGACCAUGGAAUACAUCCUCAAGCUGCAGCAAAAGGAGACGUGGGUACAGGAUUUUAGCAAGGCUGGCACUGACAUCUUUUUCGUUCCCCGCACUGGUGGUAAAUCGAUAGAGAUAAACGGUACCAACCUCAUGAUCUGGGAAGAUGAAAGCGAUGCCGAUAUAUCCGAUCACAUUGAUAAUGAAGAUACGGAAUGGAUGCGAAUGGACGAUGGUUCGAUUGCAAGGAACCCAAAAGCCAGCAAUCGUAGGUCGCAGCGUCAGCCUGCGGUGCCACGAUGGAAUCCAUACAGUAACCAUAAGAGGAAGAACACUGUUGAAGCAAGCGCGCCAUGUGUCUCUAAGGAGGUCGUUGAGAUAAAAGAAGAGCAAGAGAAGGAAUCAAAGGAAUUGGAGAUUCCAGAAGAUGUCGAACCUGGGAAAGUUGGAUCUGACCAGGACAUGGUUUGA